UCAACUCGUAUCUUACCUCUACGGAAGCAGCGUCGCUCGGCGCCCCACUCCACGCAGGCGCAGAAGCAGGAGCCGGCUGAGGAGGCGGGGUUUCGGGUCGGGCUGAGCAAGAUGGCGGAGCGCGGCUACAGCUUUUCUCUCACCACCUUCAGCCCUUCUGGAAAGCUUGUUCAGAUUGAAUAUGCUUUGGCGGCUGUUGCAGCAGGAGCCCCAUCGGUUGGAAUUAAAGCGGCAAAUGGCGUGGUGCUGGCAACAGAGAAAAAGCAAAAGUCCAUUCUGUAUGAUGAACGAAGUGUCCACAAAGUAGAGCCCAUCACCAAACAUAUCGGCUUGGUAUAUAGCGGCAUGGGCCCUGAUUAUAGGGUACUUGUCCACAGAGCACGCAAACUGGCCCAGCAAUACUACCUGGUUUAUAACGAACCCAUUCCAACAGCUCAGCUUGUUCAGAGGAUUGCUUCUGUGAUGCAAGAAUACACGCAGUCUGGGGGCGUACGGCCGUUUGGAGUAUCUUUGCUAAUAUGUGGGUGGAACGAGGGAAGACCAUAUUUAUUCCAGUCUGAUCCUUCAGGGGCUUAUUUUGCAUGGAAAGCAACUGCUAUGGGGAAGAACUACGUGAAUGGGAAGACUUUCCUUGAAAAGAGGUAUAACGAAGAUUUGGAACUGGAAGAUGCCAUUCAUACAGCUAUCUUGACAUUAAAGGAAAGUUUUGAAGGGCAAAUGACAGAAGAUAACAUAGAAGUUGGCAUCUGUAAUGAGGCGGGAUUUAGAAGACUCACACCAACCGAGGUUAAGGAUUACCUGGCUGCAAUUGCCUAGUGAGGGGUCAAGGAAAACUGCACAGAUUCAUACGACGAUCUUUUUUAUUUCAGCCAUUUAAAUUUGGCUUCUGCACUCUUAUUUCUACUUGGGUUAUCUUAUAGAUUUUUUAAAAAGAAAUGUCAUGGAUCAAAUGCUACUGCCCUAAUGUGGGAUCAUUGUACAAAAGUAUAAUGGGAAUUUACACAAUCUGGAAAAAAAUAAAAUCAUAACUAAGGGUA